AUGGCAAAGAAAGGAAACGCGAAAGACAUGUACGCACAUGGAUGUGUUGUUGAACCAUGCUGUCGACGUCUGUCGAGUAGUACUCAUGCAACUUCACAUGGUGGCCGGCCCGUUCCUCUGCAGCAGCGUCGUCGUUGUUGGUGCCAUUGGCCAUCGGCAUCGGGAGUUGCCCCCGGAGCGGUCAGGGCGCGUCAGACGAAGAAGGGAAUCGACAUGCCGCCGUUGACAUUGAGCAGGAAGGUAAACGGCCUCGAACACACCGAAGAUGAUCACUGCUACAUCCACAGAACACAAUACUCCCAGCUCAUAUGCCUUCUUGAACAGCCUGUUCUUUCGCUGCACGCCGUGGCCAAUUUCGACGCGCCAGCCAAGAACAUGCAACAGACAGUCAGCACAGCACAGCACACAGAGUGGUUACCGACAGCGGACAGCCAACAGCGAAGGAGAUAUAAAAAUAAAUAG